UUCUUUGCCUAAACAAUUAAAAAAUGUUAUUUUAUUAGAAAAUAAAUAAUAGAGAAUGUGGCGUAAUUUAAUAAAAACCUUUGAACGAUCUAUAGUUUUAACUUCUAAACAAAUUUCUUGUAAAAAUAACGCAUUAUGUACAAAUUUAACUAAUCGGCAAACACAACAUAGAUUCAUAACAUGCUCUGCUGUACUACGUAAUACAGAACAUUUGUGUGCUGUGCCACCUGGAGGAGGUGAAGGUGAUGCUGAAUAUAUAGUACCUUAUAAACCAGAAUUAGAAAAACGAGACAAUGCCAAAAAGUUAAUAGAAACUUUACGCAGUAGAUUUCGUCUCAGCGCGGAAGAGGUGGAACAUAUAAUGACAGAUGAAGUGGUGCUAAAGUCGUAUCGCCAGAAGUCUUUAAUGGACACCUUGGAUACCUUAUGUUUGGAGGGGGUUACAAAACAGAAUUUUGUAGAAUAUCCUUGGCUUAUAACUCUAGAUAGAAAAAGAUUAAGUGAGAAAUUAAUAUUAUUAAAAUCUAUUAAUGGUUUUCGCGAUAUUAAUGAUUUUGUGCCAUUUUUACGUUUACAACUACCCAGACUACGUAAAUUGGUGGCUGCCUUAAAUAGGGAGGCUAAUCAAGUGUCGAAUGGUAAUCGAGUUUAUUUUAUAGCCGACCAACUAAAUGUAUUGCCCUGCAUAGUCACAAAAUAUUUGGCCAAACGUUUGUUUGUCUUAGAAAUGCCAUUGGAAAUGUUUAAAACGAACCUGCAGCACAUGAUUAAAUACAAUGUGGAACCUAUGAAUAUAUUAAAAGAUUUAUGGGGUUUUCGUUAUGCUCCCCGGGCUGUGGAAUUGCGUUUAAAGAGAGCUUUACUUGCUAAAAAGGAUAAGAUAAUGCCCUGGAUGGUUAGAUGUCCGGAGCCGAUAUUGCAAAAAUCAUUGCAGCUUUCUUUAGACGAACUAGAAGUUUUGAGCGGCAAAACCUCGGUGGCCGAGUAUGUAGGCGAACGUUUAGGUUUUAGCGCCGAAGAAGCUCAGGCCAUUAUGGACAGACAUCCUCAGGUUAAUACAGUAAGAGUUACGAAAAUUAAAGAAGUUUUAGACUAUCUUUUGGAUGAGGCUAAAUUUACGCGCUAUGAAAUCGCUCAGGUACCGCGCAUUUUGUGUCACAGUUUGGAGACCACCAAACAGCGUAUGGAAGAAUUGAAGAAGUAUGGUUGUAGACCCUCCAGUUUGGUUAUAGUUUGUCGCAGUAAACGGGAAUAUGAAAAAUUCCUUAACCAAUGGCAACAGAGUUAUAAUCCCAAUAGAGCUGUUGGUAAUGAGGAUGUGAAAGCAGAAAUUCCAAAAGACUAAUAAGACUUAAACAUGUUGUUGUAGUUUUAAUAAAA